AUGCAUGACUAUGUCUGUCUCAACAGGUUUGUUCCUAGACAUGACGAUGAGUUGGAGAUGGAGGUGGACGAUCCGUUGCUGGUGGAGGUCCAGUCAGAGGAUUACUGGUACGAAGGCUACAACAUGAGAACUGGUGCUCGUGGGAUCUUCCCAGCUUACUACGCUAUAGAGGUGACAAAGGACCCCGAGAGCUACAAAGUGAAGAGCAGUGAAUGGAUGGACAGAUAUAGGCUGAAGUUCCUGGGCUCAGUUCAAGUGCCCUUCCACAAAGGAAACGAUGUUCUGUGUGCAGCUAUGCAGAAGAUUGCCUCCAACAGAAGGAUGACAGUAAAGUACAACCCGCCUUCCUCCUGCUACCUGGAGAUCAGUGUGAAAGGCAUCAAGCUUGCAGUUCAGGAAGAUUAUUAUGCCUGUGACAGAAGUAAUGAGUGCAAUCACUUCUUCCAGUUAAAGAAUGUUUCCUUCUGCGGCUAUCACCCCAAAAACAGCAAGUAUUUUGGUUUCAUAACUAAGCACCCAGCAGACCAGAGAUUUGCCUGCCAUGUGUUUGUGUCUGAAAACUCCACCAAACCUCUUGCAGAGUCAGUAGGAAAAGCCUUCCAGUUGUACUAUAAAGAGUUUGUGGAGGUAUCAUGCCCUACAGAGGACAUCUACCUGGAAUAACCCUGCCCUGCCUUCAACCACAGCCCUGUACAGUACACUGUAUCUUAACAUAAUGUUGCAUGAAGGACAGACAUAUAUAUAAUUUAAAAAAAAACAAACAAAAAAAACAAACAAGCAGGAGAAGAAGGGUCAAGUAUUGGAACUGUGGUGAAACCUGAGGAGAAGAGAUGAAAAUGAGCCAACGCAGGAGAACAGAAAAUAUGCAAAAUGGAGUCGGUGAUGAGGUGGUGAUCACAGGCUGACCAUAGAAAGCACAAACAUUGUAUCACGGCAGCCUUGGCAGCACUAGUUAGCUUGCAGCGUCGUCUCAGCAGGUGCAACACUGAAAGCCCUGAAGCCAAACUGAACUGCACCAGCUUG